AUGUCAUUCUCGCAAAAACAGUUUACACUGCCAGCAAAGAGCAGAGGCAGUUACCUCAUCACCGACACAGUGAUGGAAAAAGUGCCAGAGAUCAAGGACUACAAAGUUGGAGUGUUGCAGCUUCACGACAUGUCCGACGCCCUCGACCGCAUCGCCCCCGAAGACCGCAAAGGAAACUUGUACCGCCAUUCUGCAGAAGGCCUUGACGAUAUGCCCGCACACAUCAAAUCCGCACUCGUCGGCGCGUCUGUCAGCAUCCCGAUUACAAACGGCAGACUCAACACGGGGACUUGGCAAGGUGUGUGGUUCUUGGAGUUUAGGGCGAGUAAGCAUCAGAGAAAGGUUGUUGCUACAAUUAUGGGGGAAAAGGCGUAA